GAGAGAGUUGAAGAAAAAAGAGCGUUUGAAAUUGUUUUAAUUGUUAGGAGGGAUCGGAGGGAUCCACACGCGACUAAUAUUGCGAUCGUAGGUAGACAAUUAUUCGAAUUUAUUACUAGAUCGCUGCCAUGUUUUAGUGAAAGGAUGGGAGUGUUGUGUUUCAUAUGAUCUGACGUUUUCCAGCUGAGACUGUGACGAGCUGAUUGUUGGUAACUGUAGAUUAUCUGAACAACUUUUAACGCCAUGCCUGCCAAGGACAUCUUCUAUUCGGACAAGUACUGCGACGACAAAUAUGAGUACAGGCACGUGCUGCUGCCGAAGGACCUGGUGGAGCUGGUGCCCAAGACGCACCUGAUGACGGAGACCGAGUGGCGCAGCAUCGGCGUCCAGCAGAGCCGCGGCUGGGUCCACUACAUGAUCCACGAGCCCGAGCCCCAUAUUCUGCUGUUCAAGCGGGCGCUGCCCAAAACGGAAAAGAUGGAGGUGAGCGACAAGUAGCCAGCCUCCCGGCGACUGCCUUUACCCUCACUGUCUCAAGUUCCAUCCAGUGCGCGGCCCGGUCCGUGCCCACACAGACACACCGUCCCAUGCAGCGCGCGGCUGUGCCGUACCGCGGCCUCUCCAAUGUGAUACGGGGCGCGGUGGGACGCCACGCAAUGUCCGGCCGCGGCCUGCGUGGACCGGGCCCGGCGGGGCACCCCGCCGACCGUCACCUCACUGUUCCAUCAUCAGCUCUCCUCUCAUCAGCCUUCUGACUCUGUCCGCGCUGGGACCGCGCUCAAUGGAGGUGUUACGCCGUCGCUCGUGUUAUUGUUCUAUCAGCGCUGCUCUUGCGAUUCUGUCUCGUUCGGGCGGUUUUUAUGGGGUUCCGUCGGGAGGAUUAGGGGUGCCCUGGAGCCGUCGAGUCUCGUCAGUCUGUGCAGAUUUUACACUCUCAUUAGUGAUAUGAGGUGGUUCACGUUGCAUUAAAGGGCAAAAUAUAUGUUGAUGUGUA